AUGGCUCCCGCUGCAGCUCCAGACGGCGAUGGUGCCCAAAUUAUCGAACCACAGCCUGAAGUGGACGAAAGUGUGAUCUCGAUACCGACUCUUUCAGUCACGGAAGCUGAAGUAGGAGAUGAGGAUGAAGAAGCUGAAGAGGACGCUCCCGAUGAUCCCAUUGAUCCUGCUCGCCUAUCAGCUCCCAGGAAGAAGAAACGAAAGAGCAAGACAACGGCCAGCAGAGGUCCAACUGCAUUGCCCAAGUAUCGUGGCAAUGGAUUUGAAGAGUAUUUUGCGGACCCUCCCAUGACUCCUCAGGAAGCGAUGGAAGAGAAACAAGAGAUAUACUCCCCACGAAUGCAGUCAUGCAUUCAGCGAUUUCGCUCUCGUCGCCGCAUCCAAUACCCAAGAACCACCUAUUUCGACGACUACCUCUUCCUCGGCGGCGUAGAUACGAAACCGGGAGCCUACACUGGACUUGAUCCAAAGGAACUCAAGCAACUCACGGCUGCACAACGUCGCGAAGCAACAUCCAGAGACGUCAUCUACGAAGGCACUGGGGCUGGUGGCCGUUUUUACGACGGCGACGAAACCAAGUGGACUGUCGACUUUGCCGGCGUGGCAGCGGGUUUCCUCUCUCGAGCCAUCAUCCCGUUGACUGGUCUCCAGACUGGGCCCAUGGAAGACGCGAUAGAUGUGGUUGAGAAUUUCCUUCGAUACGUCCUCCAUCACGACGUCUGUCCCGAGUAUGAAGAGAAUGUCAAAGAGGCGCUGAAAGUCUGCCUUAUGGCCAGAGAAGAAUGGCCAAUGCUCAACUCUUUGCAAACGGCCCUCCCGGGUCUCUUCAACUUUGCCGCGACUGAGCUGUUCUCGAAGACUGAUCCAGACGCCUGGGCUUUUGAUCUAUUUCAGAUUCCUGAAGGAUUCGAUGCCAAGUCUGUCUUUUAUUCAGUCGUUACCAUGCUGGAAGACUUUAAAGCGUUUGAACACCUGUUUGGCAAAAGCGUUGAAGUUGUGGAUCAAUACGAAUGUACCCUGGAGAUAACAAAAGUCAAUCUCCCAGCCAAGGAGUUGAUUGAACAGUUCCAGAAGCUUGCCAUCACUAUAGAUGACAACAAAAAGAUCCGACUCUUGCCAAUGGGUAAAGUCACUCUCAAACCAGCCGUGAUUGAGGAUGGAUGGGUCGAGCCAGACAUACAGCAUCCCCUGCUAGGCGAAGAGAUUGAUCUCUAUUUCGAGCAAAACAUCCUUGCCAACCUCAAGCCGGGUAUGAAGAUGACGCUGGAAAUCUGCGACCUUGGAUCAGACGUUCGUUUUGUCAAGCGCAUUCGCAAGAUUGUGCCCUCAUUCUACACGUUUCUUGCGCAGGAGUUGAUGAUUCACUUCAGGGCUCCUCAAGAGAACGACCGCCCUGCACCAUCGGUUCACGAUCCUACAGCAGAAGACAACCAGCCAAUGGAGGAAUAG